AUGUGGGAAGGACUCCAGAAACACAAAGAGAUAGCAUUAGAAGAAAGCAAAAGAACAGAAGUGGAGAAGCUGCUCAAGUACAAGGCGCUGAAGGUGAUACCACCUCAUGAAGCUCGACUCAUUCGACAAAAGCUGGGACAUCGAAUACUACCAUCUCGAUUCGUGAUCACUGAGAAACCAGACGAAAAAGAACCUGGAAAGUUCAAAAAGAAAGCAAGAUGGUGUAUUCGCGGAUAUUUAGAUCCGGACCUGCACAAAAUCGAGAAACAGGCACCUACGUUGACAAAUGAGGCAUUGAGUUUGGUCCUACAAGUGAGUGCUUCAAUGGACUGGACAUUGAACAUUGGAAACGUGGAAGGCGCCUUCCUACAGGGUGACCAACUAUGUCGCAAAGAAGGAGCACUCUACAUUGAACCUCCACCCGGAGGUAUGCCUGGAAUAGCGGAAGGAAGUACAACAUUGUUCAAAGAGCACAUCACAGACAAACUCAGAAGCAGGUACCCUUUCAAACAUUGGAAGACAGACGGAGGUGAGUUUCUUGGUCGAGUGAUACAUCGCUCGCCGGACGGCUUCACUAUCGAACAGACAGAGUACGCAGAGAAGCUCAACACCAUCAAGAUCACAAGGGAAAGACGACGGGACAAGGGUCAACCCCUCACAGAUCGGGAAAAGAGUCAACUACGUGGAGUAGCAGGGGGACUCAAUUGGUUGUCAACAGCUACACGACCUGAUUUAGCAGCCAUGACAGCCAAGGUACAACAGAACAUUCAAAAUGGUACAGUCGAACAGAUUGCAGAAGCAAACAAAGCAGUGGCAGAGGCGCGAGACUUCAAGCAUGUAGCAAUCAAGGUGGUACCAAUACCACUCAACGAACUUGCAAUUUUGAUGACAGCAGAUGCAUCAUGGGCUACAGAGUCAGACUUGAAGAGUCAAGCUGCAUACAUGGUUUGCGCAACCACCAAGGCCAUGCACAGUGGCAAAAUCACCCCAGUGACACCGCUAAAGUGGAAAAGUCAGAAGCAGGACAGAGCCGUAAGUAGCACCUUAGCUGCUGAACUCUAUACUGUUUCAAAGGGUGUGGCCGAAGCUGUAUGGAUGAAACAAUUUUUCUUGGAGGUUUUGAAUUCGGAAUAUGAUUUGGACAAUCAAGAAGAGUUGACACAUGAUAUCGACAUCAUUGCAUGUACAGACAACAAGCCACUAUUUGACCAUGUCAGGAACGACACCGGCAUGGUUCAUGACAAGCGGCAAGCUAUAGAAGUCUUGCUACUACGUCGGGACAUCAAAAUGCACCGAGUACACAUUAGGUGGAUAGAUACCAAACAAAUGCCAGUGGACUGCAUGACAAAAUUGUCUGUUCGGCCUACAUUGUCUCGACAUGUACUACAGCAAAGUACGUAUGCGAUCAUGGAAGAGCAAGAAAUGUUGAAUGCCAAGCGUGCACAAAGACAAUACAAGCAGUCGCACAUGCAACAGUCCGGGGUGUGUGAAAUGUAG